AAACACGGAAGGGCUCGUUUACAACUGGUUUGUGACCUCAGGGCGCGGGCGGAGGAAGUGCCAGCUGCUUUUGCUCCAUUUUGAUGUCGGAACAACAAAUGAACUCCCUCUGAAGCUAAUGUCAUGCCAGCAGAUUUUGAAGCAGCAAGAAAAUCAUUUUUGUCUCUGAAGACAGAAUUGGAGACCUUUGUGAAUGAGCUGUGUUCUUAAAAUAACUCUGCAGCAUGUUAUCCCCAGAAGGAAUACUGUCCUUCAGAGGCCUGGCUUCUGUCUGUCACCGAUUCCAGUGACAAUGAAUUGAAUGACCCAGUUGAAUUGAUCCAAAUUGAUGACAUGCCUCUUGCUAAGCAUUUUGUUCACAGCGUCAUGGCUAACAGGUCUCACUUACUGCUGGACUUCGGCAGAGCUGAUCUGUGAGGAUAAUCGAGGCUCUUUUGCUCUGAAUGCUCUGAAAAGCUUGGUAAUGGCUCCACUACCCAGUGCUGGGUCAGUUCAGAACGCUCUGCAGUUAUACCGUUAUUUGCUCCGAUGCUGUAAGCAGCUUCCUGAAGAGAAUAUUCGUCAGCAUUACAGACAUGCAAUCAGGCAGAGUUUCAAAGUUCAUGCUGAUGAAGAUGAUCCUGAUAGAAUACAGCAAAUUAUUAAGAGAGCCAUUGAGGAUGCUGACUGGAUCAUGAACAAAUAUAAAAAGCAGAAGUAGAAGAAGGAUGAAGACAAGAAUGUCAUUGGUAAACAUCCUUAGAUGACAUCAGUCGAUUGCAUGUUCCCUGUGACCCUAAUUUCUACACUCUCCAGAAAAGACUCCAUUCAGCUGAGUUCUGUGCGCUCAAUGGCAUGAUCACUGAAACGUGCAACCUUACACAG